UCCAAUUUUAUUUAUUUCUGGGAAUUAAACGAAGCUAUUAGUGCCUAGACUUCUUCAAGAUUUUAAUUUUUUUUAUUAUCUAAUUUUAGCAUAUUUAGUAAAUAAUCUUAUGCAUUGCUCUGGCUCUUUUAUAAAACGAUCCCACCUCGAUUCCAUGUCAACUAGCCAAGGAUUAGACCGUGAUUUGGUAAAGCAAGGGUCAAUUUGUCCUAUCAAAGCACCUUUUUUCGAAAGAUGAAACCUUGCGGAUGAUACCUUAUAUCGGGUGUAGUCCAAUAAUCUUUAAUUCAACACGGUUGCGGAGAUGGAGACAAUUCUCCAAGAGCACCAUAAUCAGAUGCCUGCUCGAGAGAUCCUUUUAAGUCUUGCGGAUAAGUUCAGUGAGUCAGCAGAUAGGAAAGGGAAGAUUAUUGUGCAAUUUAAGCAAAUAUGGAAUUGGUUCCAGAACAGGCGCUAUGCAAUAAGGGCAAAAUCAAGUAAAGUUCCAUUUCCCGGGAAGUUAAACAUUACAUCUAUGCAUCGGGAUGAUUCCAAUCCCAUGAGAAAUGUGGCUCAGCCUGUUGCUGCUCCCAUGCCUUCUCUUAUUACGGCUCCAAUGUCUGCUUCUACAGUUCCAGGAGCUGGAAGGCACGUGUCAGAUUCUCAUAUGGAGUUUGAAGCUAAAUCUUCAAGGGAUGGUGCAUGGUAUGAUGUUGCGACCUUUGUAGCCCAUAGAUAUUUGGAUACAGGCGAUCCGGAAGUAAAGGUUCGGAUUGCUGGUUUUGGACCAGAGGAGGAUGAGUGGGUUAACAUUCGCAAGCAUGUCAGGCAACGGUCCCUCCCAUGUGAAGCAUCUGAGUGUGUUGCAGUCCUUCCUGGGGAUCUUGUACUGUGUUUUCAGGAAGGCAAAGAUCAGGCUCUCUACUUUGAUGCCUAUGUUCUCGAUGCUCAAAGGCGGAGGCAUGACAUACGAGGUUGUCGUUGUAGAUUUCUGGUGCGCUACGAUCAUGAUCAGUCAGAGGAAAUUGUACCUCUGAAGAAGAUCUGCCGUCGCCCAGAAACUGAUUACAGAUUGCAGCAACUUCAUGCCGCAAGUAACUUGGCAUUCCAAAAUCAACACAAAAGUACUGCUGCUCCUUCACCAAAGGCUAUCGGUUCAUCAUCAGAAGCAAUGCAAAAGAAGCAUAAUCAAGAUCAAUCCAGAACAGCCCCGGAUUCACAAAUUAAUGCGUUUGUAGCUGCACAACAUACAAAUCAAGAAUCUAAGAUUCCAGGAACAAUGACUACUAAUGUGACUGAUCCUGGAAUUUCCCUCAUCGACAACACCGUGGCUGCUACUUCCAUUAGCACCGGCAUUGGCCAAAACACGCAGGAAGCGAAGUUAUAAGUGGUUUGGGAUUUCAGAGACUGAUUUACAGUGGGACAAAGGUCCCUUAGGAUAAUAUCAUGUAAUUAGCAGAAAUUCGAGUUUUUUUUUUUUAUGGAUGAUAUUAUUUCUGUUUAGAUGUUCUGCUUUCUUCAA